AUGUCUUAACUUGCUUCUAUUGGUAUUGACUUUGGUAGUUAGAGAUCUGUGAUCGCUGCAGCGCUAAAGGGAGGUGUGAAGAUUCUAGACAAUGAAGGAUCACAUAGAGAAACAUAAAAUGUGAUAGGAUUCACACUAGAAGAAAGAUUCAUUGGUGAACAAGGGGCCUUAUAAUAAAAGUCUAAUUUCAAAAAUUCUGUUGCUUUUUUCAACAGAUUCUUAGGAUUACAUGGUGAACCUUCAUUUAGAGCAGAAGAGACAAAAUGGUUGACUGUUCCUACAUCUAUUAAUGAUUCUGGAAAAACCUUAUUUGAGGUCAAUUACCUUGGUUAAAAGACCACAUUCACUCCUGAGUAACUGACAGGUUCUAUGUUGAACAAAUUAAAGCAUGUUAUAGUUCACAAUGACAUAAACGUACAAGCAAGUAAUGUUUGUAUAAGUGUUCCUGCAUAUUAUACUGAAUCAGAGAGAAAGGCUUUGAUUGAUGCAUGCAAGAUAGCUGACAUUCCUUUAGAGAGAUUGCUCAAUGAAACUACAGCCAUUGCAAUUAAUUAUGGUUUAUUUAGAAAAGCAGAUUUGGAUGCUGAAAAACCAAGACAUGUGGCAUUUGUUGAUUUUGGACAUUCCAAAUUUUCAGCAUUCGUAGGUUCAUUCUAUAAGGAAAAGGCUUAGGUUGUUGCUCAAGUGAAUGAGAGAAACUUAGGUGCUAGAGAUAUUGAUUGGUUUUUAUUUGAAAAAUUCGCCACACAAUUUGAAUAACAAUCAGGUGGUCUAAAUGUAAGAAAAAAUCUCAAAGGAAAAUUAAGACUAUUGGAAUCUAUUGAAAAAGCUAGAAAAAUAUUGUCAGCUAAUUCAGAGGCUCCAAUUAAUGUGGAGUAUUUGGUGGAAGAUGAAGACUUCAAUACUUUAAUAAAGAGAGAAGAUUUUGAAUAGAUGAUCUAGCCAGUUUUAAAUUAGAUUCAAUAACAAUUAGAAUUUUUAUUCAAUUAAGUUUAGAAUUUGAAAUUGCAAUUACAUUCAGUUGAAAUUGUGGGAGGAGCAACAAGAAUUCCAGCAGUCUAAAGAUUAAUUGAAAAGAUAUUCAAAAUUGAAUAAGUAUCUAGAACUUUGAAUGCCAGUGAAUCCAUAUCAAGAGGAUGUGCAAUGAUGGCAGCAAUGAAGAGUCCAAAUUUCAAGGUAACUGAAUACAAAAUUGAAGAUUGCAACUAUUAUCCAAUUAGAGUAGGUUGGCUCUAUGGAUAAUAAUUAAGUUAAUAAGAUCAAAGCUAAGGAUUGGUCCUUUUCGAUUAAAAUAAUGCAAUUCCAUCAAUUAAGAGUUUCGCACUCUUAAAAACAGAACCAAUCGAAAUUUCACUAUUCUACGACCCUGUCCCUGAAGGCUCUUAGGCCAUUUUAUAAUAAAUUCGUAUUCCUCCACAAAACCCAAAACACUAAGAACAUUCAACUAAAAUCAAGAUCUUAUUGAAUUAAAAUGGAUUAUUACAAUUAGAAGAAAUUGUAUUGCAAGAAGAAUUUAUGGAAGAAGUUAAAGUGCCUAUUGAAAAGCCAAAACCUGCAGAACCACCUAAGCAAGCAGAAUAACCUAAACCAGCUGGUGAUGCCUAAUAAUAACAGCCAUAAGCAGCUGAACCUUAAUAACCAGCUCCAGAUGCUAUAUAAUAAGAAUAACCAAAACCAGAAGAACCAUAAUUUGAAAUCAAAUAAAAGAAGAAAACUAUUUAAACUUAAAUUAAUUGCGAAACUACUUCAUUAAAUAGUAUGUCUAAAAAAGACAUUGAUCAUCUGUUCCAAUAAGAAUGUGAGAUGUAAAAUUAAGACAAAUUGGUUCAUGAAACUCAUUUCAAAAAGAAUCAAUUAGAAGCCUACAUUUAUGCUUGGAGAGAAAAUGUCAAUAACAAGUAUGCCCAACACGUUAAACCAGAUCUCAAAGCACAAAUUCUCAAAGAUUUAGAUGUGUAAUACGAAUGGCUCUAUGGUGAUGGUCAAAAGACUACAAAGAGAGAGUACUCUGAUAGAUAUGAUAAACUCGUUUAAUUGUGUGGUCCAAUAGUUACAAUUGCUGAAGAGUUUAGACAAGUCCCUGAAACCAUUCAACAAGCAUUAUAAUAUACUUCCAAUUAUGAAGCCUUUGUUACUUCAUAAGAAUAACAAUAUGCUCAUAUCACACAUGAAGAAAGACAAAUAGUUGCAAAUGAAGUGAAUGCUUUCAAAUUAUGGUGCAAUUAAAUUUUGGACGCUUUAAGCAAAGCAGAUAAAACAGUCAGAUUUACAACUUCAGUUUAAUAAAUCCAAACUAAAUUUAAUGAAUUCAAAGAUAAAUGUUAACCAAUCGUACUAAAGCCUAAACCUGAACCACCUUAAGAGGACAAAAAGGUUGAGGAACCUCAACCUUAAUAAUAACCAUAAUAAAACGAAGCCAAUAAUAAUAACAAAAUGGAAACAGAAUGAUUUAUAAUUAAAUGUUAUUGUUGUUAAUGAGUAAUUCAAUAAUUAUA